GAGGGAAAAUGUUGAUACACAGAUGUGUGUUUAUGGCUUUGGUGAUCAGUGGAAUAGCUGCAAGGGUUAUAUACCCUACGGAGGGGCAGCCCCAUCGGAUUCUUUUGGAUACAGACGUUGAUACGGAUGAUUUGUUUGCUCUAUUGUAUCUUUUGAAGCUUAACCGAUCAGAAUUUGAUUUGCAGGCAGUUACCAUAAACACAAAUGCAUGGACUGAUGCAGGACAUGGUGUCAAUCAAGUCUAUGACCUUCUUUACAUGAUGGGACGUGAUGACAUUGCUGUUGGAGUGGGAGGUGAGGGUGGAAUCCUUGAAGAUGGUACCAUACUUGCAAAUGUAGGAGGAUAUCUUCCUCUAAUUGAACAGGGGAUUGGUACAGCUGGAUAUUGUAGAUACAGGCAAGCCAUUCCAGUAGGUCUUGGAGGUCGAUUAGACGUCGAUACGAAUUUUGGCUUUCGCAAAGGUUUUCUCCCGCAGGGCAGAAGGAAAUAUUCACCUCUUCAGCAACCAACUGCUCAGCAAGUAAUGAUUGACAAAAUUUCUGCCGGUCCAACAACUGUCUUUAUAAUUGGAGCCCAUACAAAUUUUGCUAUUUUUCUUAUGAAUAAUCCACAUCUGAAGAGAAAUGUCAAGCAUAUUUACAUCAUGGGUGGUGGUGUGAGAUCAAAGAAUCCAACCGGUUGCUGCCCAAAAAAUGCCAGUUCAUCUUGCCAACCUCGGCAAUGUGGUGACCAGGGCAACUUGUUCACAGGCUACACUAGUAAUCCUUAUGCAGAGUUCAACAUGUUUGGAGAUCCCUUUGCAGCUUACCAGGUGAUUCACUCUGGAAUUCCAGUUACUCUUGUUCCAUUAGAUGCCACAAACACCAUACCAAUAAGUCGGGAGUUUUUUGAGACAUUUGAGAAGAAUCAACAUACUUAUGAAGCACAAUACUGCUUCAAGUCCUUGAAAAUGGCUCGUGAUACCUGGUUUGAUGAUCACUUUUUCACGAGUGUUUUUAUGUGGGACUCAUUUUUAUCUGGUGUAGCAACUUCAAUUAUGCGCAAGCCACACAACGAAAAAGGGGAGAAUGAAUUUGCCGAGAUGGAGUACAUGAACAUCACUGUAGUUACUUCAAAUGAGCCCUAUGGGAUAUCUGAUGGCUCCAAUCCAUUCUUUGAUGGGCGUAAAACCCCUAAAUUUAACUUGAAAAAAGAUGGAGUUCAUGGUGGCCAUGUCCAGACUGGACUUCGUGAUCCAUUUUGCCUCGUGAAAAAGGGGAAGGGACGGUGCAAGGAUGGCUAUACAACAGAGGUAACUGGUCAAGGAGCAGUGCGUGUGCUUGUUGCUGUUAGAGCAAAACGUAAUCGUGACAGAAGCAGCCCUCUAAACAGAGAGUUCUUUAGAAGCUUUCUUGAUGUUCUAAACCAUCCUCAACACUCAGGAAGAUUCAACAUUACAACACAAUUUCCUCGUUACAAAGAAAUUCUUUACAAACCAGAUUUCAGGGGAAGGAGACUUGGCAAGAAUGUUGUGUUUGACAUGGACAUGAGUGCUGGAGACUUUCUAGCUCUUUUUUACCUCCUUAAAUUACCUGUGGAAACUAUCAAUCUUAAGGCUGUGCUGGUUACUCCAACUGGAUGGGCAAAUGCGGCAACGAUAGAUGCUGUCUAUGAUUUACUGCAUAUGAUGGGUCGUGAUGACAUUCCUGUUGGCCUUGGGGAUAUGUUUGCAUUGAACCAAUCUGUUCCAAAGUCUGCUGUGGGUGACUGCAAGUAUAACAAGGCUAUUCCUCAUGGUAGUGGUGGAUUUCUAGACUCAGAUACUCUCUAUGGAUUAGCUCGUGAUUUGCCACGAAGCCCUCGCAGGUAUACAGCAGAAAAUUCUGUCAAAUUCGGUGCUCCUCGAGACACUGGUCACCCUGAGCUCAGACAACCGCUUGCACUGGAGAUAUGGCAGUCACUAAUGAAAACUCUAGACCCAGGGUCUAAGGUUACCAUUUUGACCAAUGGACCACUGACUACUCUAGCACACAUUGUUGAUUUGGGCAAGAAUGUAACCUCUUUUAUUGAGGAUGUAUACAUUGUUGGAGGCCACAUCAAUUAUGAUAACUGUGAGAAAGGAAAUGUCAUCAAUGUCCCAUCCAAUGAAUACGCAGAACUGAAUAUGUAUCUUGAUCCAUUGGCUGCAAGGAGAGUUUUUGAUUCAGAACUUAAUAUCACCCUUAUUCCACUUGGAGUUCAGCGUAGAGUCAGCACGUUCCAGAAAGUUUUGCAAAGACUCUACCUCACCAAGAAGACCCCUGAGGCAUUGUUUGCCAGGAAUUUACUCUCUAAGUUACAUGACUUGAAACAGGCACAUCCUAGAUACCAGCAUAUGGAAACAUUUCUGGGGGAAAUUCUUGGUGCAGUUGUUCUUGCGGGUGAUCAUUCAACAUUGGAAUCAACAUUCGAAGUGAAGACUGUCAAGGUCUCUGCAAAAGGCGUUGAAUCCGAAGAUGGACGAAUGAUAGUUAGUGAAAAACAAGGGAAAUUGGUUAAAGUACUAGCAGAUGUGAAUUCAAAGGCUUAUUAUAACCUUUUUGCGAAUCAACUUGGUGAUAAAAACCAGUCUGCUAUAGUUGGAAGCUUUGAUGAACAGAGAAAAUUGUGGAGUAAAUCACCAAUAUAGAAGUAGGAAUGCCUUUGGAUAAUUAGUUGACAGCAUAGAAAAGAAAGUUUUUUUCUGGUGGAAAUUCUUUCUGGACACCAGAUAUUUCCUUUGAUACCUUUGAUUCUUGAAAUUCCAAUUACAGAUGACACAAAUCACAUAGAAGAGAAGCUGUGUCAGUUGC